CUUUAGUUGUGUUUAAUUGUCGACAAUUUUGUUAUUGUUUUGUGUUUUGUAUGAAAAUGUGAGUCAAAUGUAUGGACAGCUUGUGUUGAUUAGUGAUCAAGUGAUCUACAGUUGAUGUGACACUAGAAGUACUGAAAUGCCUGACAAUGAGACCAACGAUAACACCAACAAAAGACCCAAACGAAGAGCCGCUCAGAGGACAUACCUGUCCUAUGAGAACACGAGUGUCUGGUCUGAAGAUAAAGAUCUGAAGAGAGCUCUGUUGGCAUCACUUCAAGACGCGAAGAAGAGCUCAUCGAAGACUCACUCAGUUUAUGAACAAAACCAGAAGAAGCAGUCCAUCACUGGUAAAGCCAACAGAAGUGAUACAAAAUUGAGUGCUCACAACGGUUCCCAAGCCGUCAUCUCCAACGCGAGUCAGCCAUUGGUUGCGGACAACAGUCUGUUGUCUUCUGCCGCAUACCGGAGGAAGGUUUCGGCGCAACGAAAGUUCGCUCAAAGCUGUGGGUUUGGCGUCAAUAGUCCGGUCUCGACGCCAAUCAAAACAGGUUUCGUUGCCUCCAAUAAAGUGGUCGAACUCUUCCCCAAUCAGAAGCCAAACACCGAAGACUUCCUCACAUUCUUAUGUCUUCGCCAGUCAUCCAUUUUGCCCCCAAAUCUCGACUUCAUUCGAGUUAAUAGUAAUAAGACUGCGAUCGACGACAAGAGACGCGAAUCAGAUUCGCAGAACAUAUCAGACGAUGAAUCGGAAGCCAAUGAUAAGUAUAGCAAUUGUCGGAUCAGAUCCAGUGAUGACCGAAGAGGCAGUUCGUCGAGUAAUGUCAGCAAAACGACAUCAUUGAGCAGCAGAACCAGUCUUCAGACUCUGAACCGAAAGCUUUCUGAACACAAUUUGGUUGAUAAAAGUGAGAGAAUUAGAAGAACUCAAUCCAUGAGUUGUAAAACUGAUGCCAAAAAAGUUGGAUCAGAUUUAGAGCCAAAUCUAAAACCAAGUCAACUGAAGAAGAUCUCGAAAUCGAGCGAUAAUUUAGAAAAUAAAAGCAUUAAUUCAUUGAAAGAGAAGUAUAAACAGCAAAGAAUUGAGAAAAAGUCUUCAAAUCCGUCCAAAAGUGUUACUCAAAACUCCGUUAAGAAAAUUGAUUUCAAAGAGAACUCAAAAGAGAAAAGGUUUGCAUCAGAAAGGAUUCAAACGAGACAACAGUUAAGAACCCAUUCAUACACUCGAAGAGAAGAGAAAAGAGAAGUUGAGGUGAAGUCGAAGAAUACAAGCGGGAGAUCAUCGGAACGGGUGUUGCGUUCGCACCAAACCAUUGUUUUGAGGGAUAGUUCACCAAAAGUGUUGAAACAUCCAAACAAUAUAUUUGUCCGAAAGCCCAACACAAAGACAAAUAAGAGUUUGAAUUCUAGUCAAAUUGGGAUCAAACCCAAGAAAAGGAAAGCCCGUCCAGUGGUUCCGCUCAUUGAUUAUUAUUUUGACAGUGAAUUUGAAAGCGAUUCCGAAAAGAAAGGCAUUAAAAGCGAAUCAAAAAAGAUUUUCAAUGCAAACGAUUUGAAAGCAAAGAAUUUGAAAAAUAAAUUCAAUGACAAUAAGACUAAGAAAAUAACGAAAAGCAUAUCCAAUGAGAAGGAGCGGCGAAGUCCGGGCCGUCCGAAAGCUUCGAUGAAAAGUGCGUCCAAUAUAUCCAAUAAAUGCAAAACUAGUCCCACAUCUGAAUCGACGCGAAGACAAACUCGUAGUUCGCGACCACUUUCGCCGCCAAAAGAUAGUAAAGCCUUAGAAAGAGAGCUAUUGAUUAAACAACAAAUCAUUGCCAUUGAGAAGAAGCACAAGCGUUUGCGUCGAUGUCCUUCUGAUGAAAGUCUUCACUCAUCCUCUUCUUCGAGCAGUUCUUCAUCAUCUGAAUCGUUGCCAAACUCUCUGUCCUCCUCUUCCAGUAUAAACAACACUCGUUUGACGCGAUCUCUGGAACACCUGAAGAAGAUUCGUGACAUCGCAGCCAAACUUAAGAGACAACACAAUCAAAGCAAAACUAAUGGUAGUAAUGAUGUCUCGAAGGGUAAUAAUCGUACGAAUGUUAAGCGAGUUGUAAAUAGACGUCAGAGCAGUCUUAGAGUGAAAGAGACGGCAAAUGCUGUGAAAUCUAUUACCAGUAAUAAGACAAAAGCGGUGAAGAAGUCGGCGACAAAUGUGAGGACUUUGCGGAGAAGGAGGAGUGAGUCGGCCGUGAGUGCAACGAGUGAUACAGAUUGUGAUACAGAGGGACCCGAAGGUGACGAUUGCGAUGACAUCCACAGCGAUAUGAAUGGAACUGAAGACUCGAUGGCAUCCAUUAUGGACGAAGACAUGGAAAGGGCGUCGAUUGUGAUCCAAGACAUGGCCGAAGACAUGAACACACUAUUAGUGAACGGCAGCUCAGAAACUGAUCUCCAAUACGGCAGUACUGAACACAUUCAGGGGCUCAUGACCUGUGAAUUCUCGGGCGCCUUCUCUGACGAGACGAUCACUACCGCCAGUGCCAUACUUUUGCCACAGAACUGUCAUUCCGAGUAUACUUAUGUCCAAACAGAUGACACACAACUGCGCUCUACAGUCGAUGCCUCGACCAAUACAACGGAUGACGACAUAUUGGCCUCUCUGUCCUCAGACGACACCGAGUCGUCCGCUCAUUCAGAAUCCAAUUAUAAGACUCUUUCUGUUGGCACCCAAACAAAGACGGACGGACCUCUCGAAUGAUUUCCAAAUCAUUGCUCUAUUAUUACGAUUUUGUUUAUUAUUUAUUCACUUUUGUCACAAACUCUCAAUUUUUCAAACACGGUAUACAGUAAAUGUGUAUUUAAUAUGAAACAUAUUUUUCAACUCAACUUCCAAUCAACUUAAAGACAAUUAUAAUAUUUUCGCACAUUUUAUCUGAUCAACGAAAU